UACAGUUCCAAAGCUCAAAAUAGUACUUUUUGUUGAUUUUAAAUUUCAAUUUUCUUACAUUUUAAUUUUUCACAGCCAUGUAGUGAUAUUAAAGCGGGAAACAAAAUUCGAUCCCAAAGUAAAGAUCGUAAACUUCACAUAAAAGGUGUAUUUGGGGCAUGUUGCCGACUUGAGUUCCCAAAAAUGUUUUUGGAUAUGCGACAUGGAGAGCGGUAAGUUUUAGUAUGCUUCUCACAUCAAUUUGAAUUGAAAAUUUACAGUAAUUAAACAGUAAGAUUAAAAUGCUUUAUUUUUUUCAGAAUUGGUUACGCUGUAUAUUUGCUUCUAAAUAUUGUGAAGCAGAUGGAACAACCAAGUAUUAAAGUAUUUUAUGAUAUAGCUUGUCGUCUAAAUGCCCAUUUAGGAAGAGUAAAUACAGAUGCAACUAGAUUGUUGAGUCAUAUUGAUUUUGCUGUUCCGGUAUUCCAUGGUUAUGGACAUAACAUGGUUUGUCAGGCAUCUUACAGUCCAAGGCGUAAAAAUGGAUUUGGUUUAACGGAGGGGGAAACGGUGGAACGACUUUGGUCAUACUUAAGAAAAUGUAAAAACAUAACAAAGGAAAUGAAACCUGAACACAGAACUGACAUGCUUACGGAUGCUUUAAUACAUUAUGGAUUGAAGCUUAAUUUAAAAGCUUUAUUAUUAUACCUCACGGUGUCGUAUGUAGUAUUACAGUUUUCUUUACAGGUACUACUUUAACCCAAAAACUAAAAAAAGGCUCAGGCUGUUUAUUCCUAUUCAAAGUUAGAAUUGGACAACAUGAUUUCAUCGCAUCCAGGUUUUAAAUACGUUAAUUGGUAUUAUUCCUUCACUGUUUAAUGCUUUGUUCUUAUAAAGGUAAUAUAAGCCAAUGUGAUAUACAAGAUAUUGUGGAUAGAGAAGAAUUUCGGGCCAAUCCGGUUACAUCAAAUAUGUUAACAAAUUUUGAGGACUGUGUUUUCAAAAUGAAUGAACUUAAGGAAUUAAAAAAACAACUAAGUUUCCUUGAAAAAGAGUCUUCAAAAGAAAAUGAAAUGUUAAAAAUUGCAGCGAAAAUUACAAGGUUGGAACGACAAAUUGCCAUACUAAAACAAAAAUCGGAUAUACCAUUUGAGGAAACUGAUGUUCUAAUAUCUGCUACAGAGAAAAAGCGCUGCAACUUUAUUUUUAAACUAAAUGCCCAAAACACUGAGCGACUAUUUUUGUGCAGUCUAGUUAAAAAGUAUCCAUCUGGACAAGCUGUUUCAAAUCGGGUCCUAAAAAAUAUAAAGCGAGUGGUUAACUUGAUGAAGAAGAUUAUUGCACAGUAUAACGAAAUGAAAAGUAUUCCGUCAUUAAAAAGCCCAGAUUCUUUAUCUUCUGAACAAGUAUUUAAACAAACGUCUGAUAUUUGGUCUUCAUGCCAACCACCCCAAAUGACCUCCAAUCACAAAAUGGUACAAUCCUAUCUGAUGGUUCAGCGAGCAAAUGAAGAAAUUGAUAUGGUAAAGAGGGAUAUGUCAAGCUGCCUUGCAUACUAUCAAAGUCUGGUAACAAUACUUGAGGAAAAACAGAAAAUCCCAAAUUAUAAACAUUUAGUGCCAUAUUUAAGAUGUCAACAGUGGCGAAUGGAACUUGAUCUGAAAAAAACUCUACCAUAGCUUUGAACCAAUCACUGGGCGGUUAAUUACAACUCCAGUGUUGGAUGACUUAAAUUUUGAAGAUAUUUGUGAAGAUGAACUAGAAGAAGAAAUGCAAGAAAACCAAUUGGACAAAGAAAAUUUAUUAGAAAGACUACACGAGUCCAGCGAUGACAGUGGCAGUGAUGAUGACUAAGUAAACGUGGCAAUAAAUUUUAUGUUAUAAUUUAUAUUUUUUUAAUAAAUUAUACCCUGGUGAAAGUAUUGACGAAAUGACAAUCGAAGUUCUGUAUAAUUGUACAUGGCAAUCGAAAGUUAUGUUUAAAAAUAAUCGGGGUCUAGUGAAUGGUGGUUUUAUUUAUUAGUGCGUCAUCUGGCGGUUGCGUAAAAAAAUAAUACUUCCGCACGGGGUGCGCAGUGUUUCACAUGUAUAAUAUAAACACGGUUUCGUUCUUUAUAGCAAACGUGCUAUUCUUUCAGUUAUCGCCUUUGCGGAACGUUCACCGCUUCUUCUAUUUGAUCGUUGUCGAGAAUUUGUCGUUUUAACAUUAAAAAGCGUAGGGCAAAACAUAACUUGUUGUAAGUCCGGCAGUUAUUUACGUCGUCCAUUAUUCAUUUCAUUAACGUCUUCCGUCCUGUUGUCCCAUUUCCCAGAGUCGGCGUCAUAGCGCGGAUAUGUCCCGCUACGAUUCCCACGAACCCAUUAACUUUCUCAGACGGCCCUAAUUUACCGUGUCUCCCAUUCCCGCUAUAAGUCGUGACGCUUUUCCCUUUCACUCAUUC